GCAAGUGUAUAAAUAUAAUUGGACAUCACCAAAUCAUUUGAGUUACUUUUGUGAUAUACAUCAAAGUUAAAAUAUGAAUCUGUUCAGCAAAUUAAUUGCCUCUCUAUUCCUGGUUGCAAUGUUAUUCGCCGCCUGUGAAUGUAGCCCCCAAUUACCACCAAUUGGUCUGCCGCCAGCUAUUCUGCCGCCAGCUAUUCUGCCGCCAGCUAUUCUACCGCCAGCUAUUCUGCCGCCAGUUACUCUGCCGCCUUUUACUCUGCCGCCAGCUAUUCUGCCGCCUGUUACUCUGCCGCCAGCUAUUCCGCCGCCAGCUAUUCUGCCGCCAGCUAUUCUGCCGCCAGCUAUUCUGCCGCCACUUACUCUGCCGCCAGUUACUCUGCCGCCAAUUACUUUGCCUCCUGGAGUCAUUCCUGGGCGCUAAAUACACUUUGCGAGCGGAAAAUGUGGAUAUAUAAACGUUUUCUUCACAUAUAUAUUAAUAUUUUACCCAUACAAAUCUUUCCACUUUGUAUAAAAUGUAGAAAUAUUGAAGGAACUUAGACAACAAUAAAAUUGGGUAAAGUAAAGUAGAA